GAAGCAGCACUCCACUCCUCGAACACUGAACAAGGUUACAGGCUUAAGUGUGCCAAAACCAGGGAUUUCAGGAGAUCCCGGCGGUAUCUUGUGCCUACACUCUUAGGUUCCUUCACCCUCCGUGCAGUUCUCGAUACAGGUUUUUCGUAGGCUGUUGGUGGGAAUCAAUGUUACUGUUGACGUUGGCAUUUGGUGAAUAUUGUAGGUUACUCCAACCUGCUGAAAAAAGUAACAAGAACGUCGGUAGCACAAAUCUUGACGUCGCUCGCAGCCGUCGCGACAACAAAAUGAGUGGGUCAGAUGUCAGUCAGCACAACAAUGCAUAAGCUCCUUUUCGCACCACCACUUGAACAUGUCGUUAUAUAGUCUUGCGCAAAAUUUGACGCAUUCGGAAAAGGACGGGGCUGCUAAAUACCUGUAUCAAGAACCUGUGCUGUACUUCAGAACUCUCAAGUCCGUCUAUAUGAUGUCGGCCUCGUUGCGAGUUAACAACCCAUUCACUGCAACUUCACGUUCCUUCUCAGGAAUCGACCUCAAACCAGGUCGGCUCCACGACCGCGCAAGUACUGCAGCACAACCCGGAUGGGGAAGUCCUGUUAUUCGUCUGGCCCUUUCAACCGCGCCGUUUCUCGUCGUGCUCACGGGCUGGCUCCUCGCUGGUUACACUUUGGUGGCUUCCUUGUUCCCGACGUUCUAUUGUGGGCCCAAACUUUCGGAUGUGACCCACAUGGUUCUGUAUCUAUGGGCGGCCAUCGCUGCUUUUACGGCAGAGAACCCGCGAGUACACAGGGUCAUUGCGAGAUUCGCGAUUGACUUGUCAUUGUGGGGCGUGACAUACUUACUGUUGUUUCCGCGAUCGUCGAGCAAACGCCAACCGCGUCGAUAAGCGCACGAACGCAGACGUUGCGUCGCAAAGAGCUGAAGUGAAGUCUCCGAUUUAGCGGAUCGAGUAUAUACAGUUUACGAAUCACGUUCAAUCAUGACAUCAACACAGGACACUGCCUUGAUACUUCUGCAUGAACUGGAAUCCCAAGAUUCCCUGAUCCGGUAUGGCGCGAAACGAG